UGUUAAUUCUUCUCUGUUUGUUGCACCUUAGAUAUGAAAACAACAUUGGGCCCAAUUCUCAUUCACGCUAAGACCUUUUCACAUAUCUCUGAGGCACAUCAUAAUUGGCGGCAGAUCCUUAGCUGGUGUAAAGUGUCAUAAUGCCAUUGAAAUCAGUGGAGCUAUGACAAUUUAUUAACAGGAGAUUUGCCCCCUGAACCCAAACUCUGCUAGGAGGGCUGCUGGUUAGUGCUCAGGAUGAUUCUCUUUCCUUGGUGUUGUUCUAGGCCAUCAAAAUCAACCCCAGCAAAACACAUGUGACAGGAGCUGAAGUGUUCUUCUCCCCAGCCUCACUUUUCAUUCUCGGGUUGUUGGCCACUUUUGGAAACCCUCUGACUAUAAUGGGUCCGAGGGGAGAAGUGAAAGGACAGACUAACAAAGGGCCUUCGGAGUACUUUACUCUCUUCUCUUUUGUUCUGAUGUUAGUAUCAGAGUCAUCACUCACAUGGUCAGACACAAAAUCAGAAAUGAAGUGGAUUAUGAGAUUAUGCUUGGAGCAAAUCCUGCCACCAUAAUCUUACCUGUAAUCUGCAGGUCUCCCAUUUUACCUCCUUUCUAUUUUAACCCUGAACUCUGGAUGCCCCAGUUGGGAUCCCAUCACUGGCUCUUCCUCAUUGGCUGGAUUAGGACUUGCUGCAUACUUAAAUGUCAGGUCCUUGUUUGAAGAGGGUUUUGCGAUUUUAAAUUCACUUUAGGAAGUGUGAAACUCUCUCUGGAGGGGUGCCUUUUUGCAGCUCUAUGACCCAUGACAGUGAACUAGAAAAAUCUUGCACUUGGGUGUUUGGGUUCUCUAAUUAGUGUAACUCCUGUGACAUCAGCUGAUUUGGAAACUUUAAGACAAAAAGUAGAAUUGAAAAAAAAAACCAAAAACCAAGCAAACCCCCAUCAACCGAGAAGGAGAAGUCUACAAAAUUUCCAUUCUUCCUGAAAAAAACGUGACCACCUCUUUGUGUGGAAAUGGGGAACAUGGAUGGGAAAUCCGUGGAAGAACUGAGUGCCACCGAGUGUCACCAAUGGUAUAAGAAGUUCAUGACGGAGUGUCCCUCAGGCCAGCUCACCCUGCACGAGUUCAAGCAGUUUUUUGGUUUGAAAAAUCUGAGUCCAGCAUCAAACAAAUACGUUGAGCAAAUGUUUGAGACAUUUGACUUUAAUAAGGAUGGCUACAUUGAUUUUAUGGAAUACGUGGCAGCUCUGAGCCUGGUCUUGAAGGGAAAAGUGGAACAGAAACUGAGAUGGUAUUUCAAGCUCUAUGAUGUGGAUGGGAAUGGCUGCAUUGACAGAGGAGAAUUAUUGAAUAUCAUCAAGGCUAUUCGAGCCAUUAACCGAUGUCACGAAACAAUGACAGCUGAGGAAUUCACAGACAUGGUGUUUGAUAAAAUCGAUAUUAAUGGAGAUGGUGAGCUCUCCUUGGAGGAGUUCAUGGAGGGAGUACAGAAGGACGAGGUGCUCCUUGAUAUCCUCACCCGGAGCUUGGACCUGACGCACAUUGUCAAGAUGAUCCAGAAUGAUGGGAAGAACCCGCAGGGCUCGGAGCAGACGGGAGAGGCGGCUGAAUAGAAAUUUACAAAACUCUUUUAUUUUAUUGUCUAACGUUAUUAAAAAUUGGGGUGGGGGUAGGGAAAUUGGCGAGCUGUGCUACUGCCACGGUGAUAAGAGCAUCCUAUGUUAGAAUAUCACCCUAGCAGGGGAGUCAGGAGCUCCUCUAAAUAUGUCAAACCAAUUGUGUACGCAGUUAAUUGUGAGGCCAACGCAGACCAGCAGUGACAAGAGCCUCUGGGCGUUGGGCUGCCCAGGGAGCAGAUGCAACCACUGCUGCCUCUGUAAAAGAGAGGGACCAGACUUUAAAGAGAGCGAGCUGCCGAGCUGGCUCAUUGCUCUAGAAUCAAAUGAUGCUGGGGACUUCCCGAAUGGUGCCACCUGGGUCCUUUGCCAGCUGGGUGCCUCUGAAUGUUGCUGCUGCUAUGUAGGGAGAGAAGUGAAGAAUGUGUUCCAGGAAGGCGAGAGCAGGAUCACAUAAUACUUUCAGAAGGUGCAUUGCUGAGUGACCACUGUGGAAAUUCAUCUCUGUGCAAAGCGCCCCACAAGGUCUUCAUGCCACUUAAGUCUUAGGGUCAGAACCUAACUCCAUUGAAGCCAAGGACAAAACCCUCUGAUUUCAAAAGGAGCAGCACCUGGCUCUUAAUGGGAGCUUAACCCCUGGGGGAGGCCUGCUGUAAGCACUGGGCAGGUGAAGUAGGACUGCAAAGGCACUCUGCCCAGGGGUGAAUUUCCCACUCUGAGAGUAGAGUGAUAACCACAGCUAUGUGACCUAUAUGGAAAUCGGUAUGUGAAAAACACAGGUGACCUUCCAAGGACUUUGCAGAGUUCAGUUCAUAACGAACAGCUUUUCUGUCAGUCAAAUCAGCACAGACUCCAUGGUUACUGCGGGAGUUCAAAACAAAUAGGCAAUAAGGGUGCAAUUUGGACCUGCGCAGGAGCCCACAAAAAAAGACUCAGGGCACCCCUUAAAUCCUUAACACGUGUUAAAUGGCAACAUGGGCAUCUGUGGACCCACUGUGCUGGGGUCAAUUGCACCCUAGCUGAACAGAGCAAACCCCUGGCAAACCCCGCUCUGGUUAGGCCUGUGUAUGUGUGUGUUUGGGGAAAGGGAACUAGGUCAUACUUAGAGGUGUUUUAAAAUAUAGUAGUGAUGAUUUUUCUCUCAGAGAAAAAGCAAAGACACACGUGCGCUCACUGAGAAGUAUCCCAAGUAACAUAUAUGACAGGGAAACAGAUAUUUUUGAUAGAAUCGUUUUUCUCCUUAUUAUGUCUUUGAAAGGAAUGAAACGGAGCUCAUCGUAAACUGGAGCAUAAGCAAAUUGUAUGGAGUGAAAUGGUAUCAAUGAGUCACUUCACAACUCAAAUUAUAGGGUGAAAUUCAGGGCACUUGGGCGCAGCUUGAAUCCAUCGUAAGCCCACCGAAUAGACUGUAAGUGGUGCAUGGGCCUUUUGCUAACUUUCCUCUUGUGGUGCAUUUCAACCAUAGUGAAAUCUGCCCAGAGUGACAGGGUUCUGUGGAGGAAAAAUUGACUCUAAGAGUGUCCAGUCUAAUCUCUUUUGCUUUGACCCACUAUAACUCCCUGAAAGCGGGAAUUCCAGAACAGCUGGAGAAAUGAUCUGGAUCUUCUCUUUCCAUAUGUAUUUUGAGACAGCUGCCCUUUGGUGGUAGCUCUGAUGCUUGCACGGAAGCAGAAGAACCCCAUGGUUAUGUCGCCCAUCCUUUGGUUUGAGGCUAUCUUUAAACUAAAGGCAAUGGAAGGUUAAAAAAACCAACAACAUGAGCGAGAAAAAAGGAGUGUUGGCAGCUGUGACUUUUUGUCUUCCUUUUAAAAUGUUAAAAACAUAAAUGUGCCUUUUUACUCCUGUCUGAACUAUUCACACACACGUCUGCAUGGCUCUGUUUCUCCAUGAAGGAAUUUGAAAGGUCAGCAAUGGCAGUGACUUGAAAGGUAAUGUCUUGUCAUGCGUCUGUAGAAAUACUCCUGCAUGUCUCAUCUGUACAGAAAGAACAAC